CGUGGCUGCAGGACGUGGUGGGGAAUGUGACGCACAGUAGUGGCGAGGCAGGGGAGGGAGGGGAGGGUGGUGAGGAGGUGUCUGUGAGCACUGUGGUGAGCGCGUUGUGCAUGGCACUCAUUAUUGUGUGUGCCGUGUUGGGCAACCUGCUAGUGGUGGUGAGUGUGGUGCGCGUGAGGCGCCUGCGCGUCAUCACCAAUUACUUUGUGGUGUCGCUGGCCAUCGCGGACAUCCUGGUGGCCAUCAUGGUGAUGCCGUUCAAUGCCAGCAAGCAGGUGGCGGGUCGCUGGCUCUUCAACGCCAUCGUGUGUGACGUGUGGAACUCUUUCGACGUGUACGCGUCCACGGCGUCCAUCCUGCACCUGUGCUGCAUCAGCAUCGACAGGUACUACGCCAUCGUGCGGCCCCUCGACUACCCCAUGGUGAUGACCAAGCGGCGGGUGGCGGUGAUGCUGGCGCUGGUGUGGACGGCGCCGCUGCUCAUCUCCUUCGUGCCAAUCUUCCUGGACUGGUACACCACUGUCGAGGCCGCUACCGCCGCCGCCGCCUCCUCCUCUUGUGACUUCGUGGUUAACAUGGCGUUCGCGCUCAUCUCCUCGUCCAUCUCCUUCUGGCUGCCGGGCAGCAUCAUGGUGUACACCUACUACCGCAUCUACCUGGAGGCGGCGCGGCAGGAACGCAUGCUGCACCGCCACACCAGGCUGGCCUCCACCUCCCACGCCGCCGUGGUAACCUCCACCUCGUCCACCACCACCACCACAACCUCCACCACGAUGCCUGCCGCGCCUGCCAACGGUCUGGGCGGGUCACAGGCCAUGCUGGGUGAGGGCGGGUCGGGGCGGCGGCUGAUGACACACCGGCCGUCCAGCGAUGCGGGGCAGGAGGCCACGCCCACCAAGGAGCGCAACCUGAUCAAGCUGAAGCGCGAGCACAAGGCGGCGCGCACGCUGGGCAUCAUCAUGGGCGCCUUCCUGCUGUGCUGGCUGCCCUUCUUCACCUGGUACGUGACCAUCACGCUGUGUGGCGACGCCUGCAACAUCCCGCCCAUCAUGGAACCCAUUCUUUUCUGGAUCGGUUACUCCAACUCCAUGCUGAACCCAGUCAUCUACGCCUACUUCAACAAGGACUUCCGCGAGGCCUUCAAGCGCACCCUGCAGUGCGUGGCCCGCUGCUCCACCGCCCAGCGGGACCCGUGGCGCUCACACUCCGGCCCGCCCUACGACUCAGACCUCUGCCUGCAGCACAACGGCCACGUCACGGUGGUCAAAGCCAAGGGCCCCAGGAGCAGCAGGGGCGAGUGUGGCGUGUAGGCGUGGCACCCACUCCCACUCUCCUUCCAGGGUUGUGAUCUAUACUACUCAUGUCUAUCAGUACCCAGGUGUGCCUCCCAUGUCCCCCCCACCACAACCCUCACCCCACCAGUCCACCACACUCCCCACCUCCCACAGUACUUCAGCCCCGCUAAUCCUCACCAUCCCCUUACAACGAACCCACCCCCCACACCAACCCAUAGCCACCUCCACCCUCCCCCUCACCUUCACCUUACCUUUACUUGGGAUAAAUAAAAUUGGGAAACCACUA